AAAACACACGAGAAAUAAGAACCACCAGCACUUGACGAUCAAGAACGGCAGGAGUUUAAUCAUUCUCCAGCGUAGUUGCAAAGUUUAGGCGUAGAGUUUCGUGUUUCAUUUGUUUUACGCCUCCCUUUUUGUUUCGUUUGUGUUGUGCGCAGUAGAGCAAAACAGAACGACAGUCACAAUGAAGAAAAAGGUGCUGCUGAUGGGCAAGAGCGGAUCUGGCAAGACCAGUAUGCGGUCGAUCAUCUUCGCCAACUACAUUGCCAGAGACACACGGAGGCUGGGGGCCACAAUCGAUGUCGAACAUUCACACGUUCGCUUCCUGGGAAACCUCGUCCUCAACCUGUGGGACUGCGGUGGACAGGAAUCGUUCAUGGAACAGUACUUCGCCUCGCAGAAGGACAAUAUCUUCCGCAAUGUGGAGGUGCUGAUCUACGUGUUUGAUGUGGAGAGUCGCGAGCUGGAUAAGGACAUGCACUACUACCAGUCAUGCCUGGAGGCGCUGCUGAUGAACUCACCGAACGCGAAGAUCUUCUGCCUGGUACAUAAGAUGGACCUGGUGGCCGAGGAGCAGCGCGACAUCAUCUUCAAGGAGCGCGAGGAAGAUCUGAAGCGUUGUUCGCGGCCCCUCGAGUGUACUGCCUUCCGGACGAGCAUCUGGGACGAAACGCUGUACCGGGCGUGGAGUAGCAUCGUAUAUCAGCUGAUUCCGAACGUGAAGGCCCUGGAACACUCGCUGAACUACUUCGCGAACGUGGUGGAUGCCGACGAGGUGCUGCUGUUCGAACGGGCGACGUUCCUGGUGAUUUCGCACUGCCAGCGCAAGCAGCACCGGGACAGCCACAGGUUCGAGAAGGUGUCGAACAUCAUCAAGCAGUUUAAGCUGUCCUGCUCGAAGCUCGGCGCGAAGUUCUCAUCGAUGGAGGUGCGCAAUAGCGUGUUUGCUGCGUUCAUCGACACGUUCACCAGCAACACGUACGUGAUGGUGGUGAUGUCAGACCCAUCGAUACCGUCCGAGGCGACACUAAUCAACAUCCGGAACGCGCGCAAGUACUUCGAGGAGUUAGAGAACCCGAACAGCAAUUUAAACAGCAGCUCGGUCGGAAACCAGCAUGCCAGCAGCCACCAUCUGCACCACGCGGUAGCGGCAAACCACGGGCUAGCGAAUGGGGGACCGAAUAUGUACGCAGGAAGUGGCGGGGGCUACCAUCAGUACGCCGGACAGCAGCAGCAGCAGCCGCCACAACCGCAUCACCUGACGCAAUAUCAAUCCUACCAACAUAACACAACAACGAACGCUUAUCACUGAUACCUGUACCGGAAGAAGUACUACUACUUCCGGUAAGAGAGCAAAAAAAAAGGGAUAAUAGAAAGGUAGCAAAAAGAAUGAUCGAGAGACAAGGAAAGGAAUGUAGAACUAAGUAAAAAACAAACACUAUGGACGUGAUUUUCCAGUAAUGAGUCACCUGGUUGCCGUCGUCUCGUAGCGCUUCCAUUUCUCCGCUCAGUUUGGUCCUAGGCAGAAUGCGGAGAGAUGCGCAAGAUGGACGUGGCCAGUUAUCCCUUUCAUUGUCCGACAGCCAGUUCGGAGAAGGACAAUUCCCAGAACGAAAAAAAACCAACCCUGUUACUAAGUCAAAAAACUCCCCGCUCCCUCAGAGAAGCGAAUUUGCUUUGCCGGUUUCUGCUUCUCCUCCAUUCCCCGAUCCACAUGCGCGUGGGA